AUGGAAAAGCCAACCUUUUGGGCUAUUUUCGGGUUUCUGACAAUGGGAAUUAUAUUAUCGUUCUCUUCUAUGGGAAUUUUCUUAACCAAAUAUGACUAAGACAAGGAUGCUCUGAUACAAAAAAAGUCGAUCUUGACAGAUGCUAAUGCUUUGAAUUGGGGAGCUACUCCAGGAUAUAAGGAUGUGAAGGAAAUAAAUACCUUUUAAUUUUUUACUCAUCAGUCAGGAAUAAUGUUUGCUAGUACGAAUGAAUCAUUGAAUUAUUCCUAUGUAUCUGAAUUAUCGAAUAGAACUUAUGUUCCUUCAUCUCUGGGAUUCAUUAAAUUUUUGCCCAAAUUUAAGUUUGAGAAAAUAUCAGAUCCAACUAGUUCUAUUACAAACCUGAACAUUGCAGCAAUCUAAUACUUUUACAAGAGUUUCAAUCAACCUGCCUUCGCUAAGUUGCCCAGAUACUUGAACAUGAUCUUUAGAGGGUUGUCUGAGGACUUCAUGAAUUACUACUUUACUCACACCAUCUUUGAUUUCUACACAUCGGAUUAACAAUUGGUUUUUGAUACCAUAUUCACCCCAGCCAAAAUUAAUCAAGAGACACAAAACAAAAUGUGGAAUGAUGAAUAAUAUGGAUGGAGUUCUGAAGUUAGUUUCUCAAAAUGGAUUAGAGCAUAUUUCAAUGGAGGAGAUAGUAAUCUCCAACUUUAUUUUUCCUUGUCUGAUGACCAGAUGAAUUAACUAAUUGGAAAAGGAUCGACAAUCAACAAACUCAGAAAACUCAUCAUCAAUUCAGUUUCUACAGGAGUGUAAGGAUAAUAAAAAGGAUCUUGCUUAAAGAAAAAUGAAUGCACAUUGUGGGAAUUAGGAAUCAUUCAAUGGGCAUUUGGUGGUUUAACAGCAAAAGACUUUGUUCCACCAGUUACAUUCUCAGGUGGAAGUUAUUCUAAAUUUAAUGAUUCAAUCCCUCAAAGUUACGAAUUCUAUUUAGGUGGAUCUGAAUAUUAAUAUGAUGAUGUUAAGAAUAUCAUCAGUCAAUAAUUUGAAUAGAUGCCAAAUCUUUUGGGAUUCAAUACUAUGUAAUACAUUUGGGAGAAUAGAGAUUUUCUUGAAAGAGUUUCAAACAAACUAGUGUGGUAAACUGACAAUGAAAACAAUUUCACAAAGUCUAGGAAUUUAAUCAAGUAUCUAAAUACUCAUUAUGACUAUAUUAACAAUAUUGAAGACACUUAUGCCUUUUAAACUUGGAGAUUCAUGAGCAAGAUGAUAUAUGAGGCAGGUGUCAUGUUGAGAGAUGGUUUAUAUGCCAAAGCCUUGUAUUAUAAAUUCGAAAGCAUCAAAUGUGAAGAUGAUUAUUUCAUUCCAUUCCAAGAUGCUUGUGGUGGCAAGUAUGAUUUCACUUUGAAUGCAAAGAAUGCAUUGAUUUGGGUCAACGCUGCUUUUGAAAAAAAACAAUCAAAUUCAUUUAAGACCUUGAUGAAAGAACUGAAAGCCAAUGAGUAAGUAUUGUGGGAUUACUUAACUGAUGGGAUGUCAGAUUUUUCAAAAGCCAUGAAUGAGUUUCAUUUGGCAAUCUCAAAACAUUAUAAGUGCAUUUACUAAGUCUGUUAGGCAGAAGAGUUAUGGUUUAAGUAAUGGGGAUAUGGUUCAGUCACUCAAAGUUAUCCAAAAGAAUUAGCGUUUUGGGAUAGUGAUAAAACAAAUACGAUUUCAAAAUGGGAUAUCUAUGCAGACAAACCAUUUGUGUAUUAUGAGUUUUUCGCAUUUUGUGGUGAAAAAAUAACUGAGAAGGUACAAUAACAACUAUUCAAUUUUGACAUGGGAGGAAUAUUUGGAUAUUAUUCGUUAAGAAACCUAUAUGAACAUCAUUUCAAUAGUACAAAAGAGUUGAGUCCUAAGUUCCCUUUGAAAGGUGAACAAUUGAAGUUGCUCAUCAAGUAUUUGAAACACUGUCUCACAAAUUAUUGGUAUGGUGGCCAUAUGAUUGUAACCUAACCAUCCAAAUAUUUAUUCGACUAUGAUAAUGCUUUCACUGACAGAGUAGCUGAAUUCGAACCAAUCUAUGAGGGCAGCAACUUUAGAGACAAUGGUGCUCAUCUCCUAGAACCAAAUAAUUAGGAGUUCUUAAAGUUCGCCACCAUGUAUGACUUUUACUAAAUGGAUACUGGUAUCAAAGAUAUAGCAAAUGUUGGGUAAAUCAAGAGAACAUUGGAUGAAUCAAAAAUCAAAAGAAAGAGUACUAUCUAUUAUAAUCCAUAAACUGAAUACUCCACUCAAUCCUACAAUUAUCCUUAUGGGAAGAAUGUGAAUGUUUCUGGCAGUUAUGGUUAUGCAUUCCAGCCUGAUUUGAUAGCUAAAUUCUAGAAGGAAUUAACCAUCUUUGAUUUCGAUAUUCAUAAGGACCUUAAAUUACAUUACCAUGAAACCACCACUCAUAAGGGUUAUGAUGUAAUUAAAUACAAAGUAGAAGAUCAAAUCAUCUCUCUGGAACCUUACACAGAUAUGCCAAUCAUUUUGACUAUUGGUGAAGUAUCGCUCGAUGGUUGUGCUUCCAUCAAUGGAAAAUCAUGUAAUUAAUACUUAGUGAAUGUUCCUGAAUCAUACUACACUAUUGAAGCAAUUACUGGUAAAGUCGUUUCAUUUACUAAAACAUACAUCUAUUGGCUAAAAGUAGAUAAUACUAGUCCAUUACAACAAGAACCUCUAAAUGAUGAAUUAUUCGUCCCCCUUGCCCAAAGAUCCAUCACUUAUGAGUAUACAGAAGAUCAGAUGAAUGAACAUUUCCAAGAUGUCAAAGAUCUUGAAAAACACAAGGAUGUUAUCUUCUAUGUCACAUUGACAUUUGGACUCAUCUUCAGUCUUGCAUUCAUUGGAUUCAUCAUUUAUUUCAGAAAAAACGAAAAAAACAUCAAUUCUAGAGCACCAUCAGUUUAUUCAGUAGUAGCUGAUGAAUGA